AUGGAGGUCUUCGCCGAGUCGCCGGAGGUGUGGAUAGCUUUGCUCGCUGCACGCAGUGUGCCGCGGCCGGGGCCCGAGUUUCGACGUCGCACGCGUCUGCCAUGCGUCUACCAUGGAAGAUACCUGGAGUUCGCAAGCCUCGAAGACCUGACAGGCGUGGACAUCGAGGCGGAGCCCUGGAGCGCUUUGUCCAGCCCCGGGCCCCGGCUGCUGGCGCUGGACUCCCCUCGCCCGGACUUCUCGAAGAUCGCCCUGACGCCGCAGAACUGGAGUCAGAAGGCACCUGGCCGAACCUCUCGCCAGACGCGGCUCCGGCCCGGCCGCAAAAGCUCGGAGGGCAGCCGAGGUGACGUGUCCCUGUGCGUGCGGCUGAAGCCAGGGUGCGAGGAGGAGAUCGCCUAUGUGGAGGGCGACAAAGUGCGGCUGAAGCCAUCAGAAAAGGGCCUCCUGAGCUUUUUGGGGGACGAUGCGGGGGCUUCCCGCGGCGCAGGCAAGGCAGACUUUGCCGAUUGGCAUGUGUGCUGCGACCACACCUUUGGAACCACCAGUCACCAAGAGGAGAUCUUCGAGACCGCGGUGGCGCCCAUCGUGGACGCGGUGGCCAACGGCUACAACGGGGCGGUGAUCGCCUAUGGCCAGACCGGGGCCGGGAAGACCUAUACCAUGAUCGGGCCCAAGGGCCCCUGCCGCGGCGUGGCGCCCCGCGCCGUGGCCGGCAUCUUUGCGGGCCUCCGCAAAGCUUCCUGGCGCAUCGAGGUCUCCGUGCUGGAGGUCUACAACGAGAAGGUGCGAGAUUUGCUGGCGCCGGGGAGCACUAUCAGCACCGUGGAGGUGCACGAGGUGCGCGAGAGGGAAGGCCUUCUGAGUUUCCGGUGCCCUGAUGCCAUCACCUGGUCGGCGAAGACUCCGGAGGAGGCCAUGGCGGCUCUCACGGAGGGCUGUCGAAGGCGCGAGGUGGCGCGCACAGAUAUGCCGCAGCCCCACGCGCGCUCCGUGGCGCCGCGGGCGUGCUACUUCGCGGUGCCCACGGGAUUGGUGGCGCUGCUGAUUUCCUACUCGGAGGCCUGGAUCGACCCGGACUUCCGGGAGAAUUCCGGGAUCGCGGAGGCGCAGCACAGCCAGCUAUGGCAGGCAGCCACGGGGGUGCUUUUCUCCUUGCUGAUCUUCAGGAUCAACAGGGCCAUGGCGCGCUUCUGGGAGGGCACGGGGCUCCUGCACCAGAUGCGCGGCGAGUGGUUCGACUCCGUGAGCUGCUGCGUCACUUUCAGCCGCGCAGGCAUGAGAGCGAAGCGUGAUGAGACCUUAGCCUUUCGCCACACGAUCGUGCGCUUGAUGAGCUUGUGCCACGGCAGCGCGCUCAAAGAGAUCGGCGGAGUGGACGCCAACGACUGCGAAACCAUCGACCCACAGGGGCUGGACAAUCCGACGCUGCUCCACUUGCAGACUUGCUCUGGCCAUGGCUUCAAUCGGGUAGAAGUGAUGCUGCAUCUCAUCCAGUCGCUGAUCACGCAGAGCUGCGACGAUGGUGUGAUCUGCGUCCCGGCGCCCAUCAUCUCCCGAGUGUAUCAGACGCUGUCACGAGGCUUCGUGAACCUCUUGAACGCGAAGAAGAUCGCAGACACACGCUUUCCUUUCCCCUUUGCGCAGCUGAUAUCGCUAUUGCUCUUCCUGAAUAUCGUGCUGACACCAGUUCUGAUCACUAGCGUUUUCACCAAGCCUGUGUGGUGCGUGGUCUUCUCCUUCCUGCCGGUCUUUGGCAUGUCGUGCCUGAACUUCAUCGGCGUAGAGCUGGAGAAUCCCUUCGGGCAGGAUGACAAUGACCUGCCCCUGGAUCAUUUCCAGGAUGAGAUGAAUAACUGUCUCUUGAUGCUCCUCCAUGACAGUGCCGACCUCCUACCGGACGUGGACUCCACUCGCUGCAUGGUGGAUGUGGAUGAGAUUCGCAGCAUCAUGAUGCCUCACCAUGACCAGGAGGCAAGCCCAUCCAAAGCCGCGCAUCGCCCGGUUCGGAAAACUCUGGCGGGCGCUUCUCCCGCGGCGUCUCCGGUCGAGCCAGAGGACGACUCCUCCCUGCAGGAGGGCGGCUUCCUGGGCGCGGUGCCACCUCUGCCCCGGAUCCAUGGCUCGGAGUCCGGCGCCAAGGACACAUUGGCCGUGCCCUCCCCAUCCGCGAAUCUGGCGAACGCGCCGCGGGUGACGCGAAUCGGCUCGGACCAGUCACUCAGCUUGAGCGCCAAGGAGAAGGCUGAGGUGAAGAGCGAGGGAAAGCUGAAGACGGAAGAGCAGCUAAAGACCGAGGCAAUGCUUCAAGGCCUUGAGAGGAUGGUGGGCAACCUCCAGAGCAUCAAAACCGCGGUGGAAGAGCAAGCCAAGAAGGUCACGGAGAGUAGCCAAGCCAUGACGGAGUUCUGCGUGCACCUGGAUAGCAUGCUGCAUUCCAACCACAAGCCCGGCGAACGUGUUCGGCCUUCUGUGCGUCGGAAGAACUGGGAAUGCUCCAUGAUGAGAUGCAUGUGA